AUGCUGCUACUAUUUUAUUUUGCGGGAUUCGUGGCCGUAGGACUUGCUGCAGACGCGGAAUCGCUGGUUGGAUCGAUCUCACGCGAUGGGGCGGAUAUCAUCCGAAAAGCGCAAUCCGGCUUUGGAACUGUUAGACAGUGCUCCUGCGCCGAGCAAGCCGAAUGCGUAGAGGAGAUGAAGCGCCAGGCGAACGAGUGCAAUCGGCCGUGUUUUGAGCGGUUUAGCAAGGUGACAGACCGUGUCGACGAACUUUUCACAUGCUUCGACGCCAAGGCCGACAUCAUUGAGCGGUUUUUGGGAUGUUUUGAGCAUCAGGUUGACGGAUGCAUCCAAACCUCGAUGGGUCCCCAAAUUCCGAAGACGAACAUUUCAAACCUCUUCACGCUGGCCCAAUCGGCCCUGGAGCGAAAGGACCCGACACUUGAUGCUCUUCUCUCACCCAUCAAGCACAUUCUGGAUUCGGCCGGCGAGUGGGCACUGUGCUUGAAGGAAUGCUUCUUGGGCAGGAACAAGCAUGGAUUCUGCUUUGACCGAAAGGGUAAGAUCAUAAAUUAUGCUAAUUUUCCAAAGCUCGACGAACGGAAGGCGCAACGCUCUUUCAAGCGCUGCACGCACCGUAUUCACUGGAAGGAUCAGGCAGGAGAUUUGUGCCAUUGCUCUGCCAACGCUGGAUUGACCGAGCUCAACCAGUACUGCCUGCUCUUCGAUCACAUGAAAUCGGCCAGGCGUCAUCCGCAGCGGGGA